CUUUUCCCCGUCGUUUAAUUGCCCCAUCCCAAUCUUCUCAUGCUCUCAGCGUUUAUAACCUCCAAACUCCCGUCUCUAUCUCGUCCAUCUACUUUUCGCCAAUUCGCAAAAAUGUCCACUGCCGCUUCUAACCCCGCUACUUACAAGUUCAACCACACCAUGAUCAGGAUUAAGGAUCCUAAGGUGUCCCUUCCCUUCUACGAGAAGGUUCUUGGUAUGAAGGUUUUCUACGAGUCUCCCGGCGGUGACUUUACCAACUACUUCCUUGCCUUCGCCAACGGUUUCGACGACGCCGACCUCAACAAGGAAAACAUCAGGGACAAGCUCUUCGACCGAGAGGGUGUCCUCGAGCUCUGUCACAACUGGGGUACUGAGAAUGAUGCCAGCUUCAAGGGCUACGCCUCCGGUAACGAGGAGCCUGGACGAGGUUUCGGCCACAUCUGUAUCACCGUCGACAAUCUCGAGGCUGCUUGCAAGCGAUUCGAUGAGCUCGGCGUCAAGUUCAAGAAGAGGCCCGAGGAUGGCAGGAUGAGACACAUUGCCUUUAUCUACGACCCUGAUGGAUACUGGGUAGAGAUCGUCGCCCGUUCCCUCAACGCCAGCAACAUCUAAUUUGUCCAGUUUUGGAGAAGAGGCCGUACAGCAGUACCAAAGUAUAACAUGCAUUUGUAAUAACUAAUA